AUGUCGGAGGUGGUGGGCACGCCGGAGAGCGACGGCGGGGGCGGGGUCAAGGAGCAGGAGCGGUUCCUACCGAUCGCCAAGAUCGCCAAGGACGCCAAGGAGUCCAUCCAGGAGUGCGUCUCCGAGUUCAUCAGCUUCAUCACCAGCGAGGCCAGCGAGAAGUGCAUGAAGGAGAAGCGCAAGACCAUCAACGGCGACGACCUGAUCUGGUCCAUGGGCACCCUCGGCUUCGAGGACUAUGUCGAGCCCCUCAAGCUCUAUCUCAAGCUCUACCGGGAGGCAAUCGCUGCUGGUGAUACGUGUGCCAUCUCCCAGGAAAAGAUGUAUGUUCCUGUCCUCCUUCGCUGUAAACAUAUUUUCUAUGAGGACUGUGUCUCUGAAUGGUAA